CAGACGCGCGCACCCCCCCUUCAAUUCCUGCGCAGGCGGCUGCGUUACUAGUGUCAUUCAUUUAUAUUGGGCUUUUGCAAAGGGGAGCAGCAGACAGCCCAAAUAGUUUGGUGUUUUUUGGAGACGGCAAGCAUACAAUUCGUCCUUUAGCUAAGAUGGCGUUGUGUGCGGUAUUUUCUGCAGGUAGAUUGAACACGAUCCCCUGCUAAAUUAAUGUGCGCGUAGCUUUGUGAAUGAUUCCAGAUGCGAUUCCAGGGGAUAAAAAAGCAGCGUGAAUAAGCAGGAAGGAUGAUUUCGCGUUGAUGCAUUUCAUGGAGACACUACGUUGUUCAUGUGAUCCCGUUUUUGCCCAUUUAACCAGGUGAAGAGUGUGCAUGCGAAUAGGUGCUGGACGCUGACACCAGGCCGCCGUCCGGCACGUUUAAUCGCGGAUAAAUGCCGCUCUUCCCAGCGCCGAGCAGAACCUUAUGGAAGCACAGCGGGCCGGACUUCACUGGGCCAUCCGCUUGGUAACUCCGAUUUCGGGCGCAGCGGCUGCUGCUCUUGCCCCCCGAAACGGAAACAUGGGGCGACAGAGUUACAAGCCAGGGAUGUGAUUUCCGGAGUGAACCGUGACUUUUUUUUUUUUUUUAACCUUUUCUGCAUGUAAAUGGAGCUGGGGAUUCUGUAGUCACACCGAAGGACGUAACUAUAUGUGGCGAUAAAAUGGAAGGAUGACCCCCCCCCUUCCCAAGCAAGGUCUCCCAGUGGAGGGGGCGACACUGAUGGACUGAUAAACGUAAACAGUACAUUCACCCAGAUACUCAUCUGGUACCCGCUUACUGAAGCCGGCGGGUAAAGGUACCCGUCCCCCGACCCGCAGACCCGCUCGCGAACGGCGGAUAUACGUGCGGCUCGGAGGCUCCCGCCGGCGCUUUGGGAUGGAUAAACUGACCAUUAUUUCAGGAUGCCUUUUUCUGGCGGCUGAUAUUUUUGCGAUUGCUAGUAUUGCGAACCCAGAUUGGAUCAACACGGGGGAGUCGGCGGGUGCCCUGACGGUGGGACUGGUUCGUCAGUGCCAGACCAUCCAUGGCCGUGACCGCACCUGCAUUCCCCCGCGGCUGCCCCCCGAAUGGGUCACCACGCUCUUCUUCAUCGUCAUGGGCAUCGUUUCGCUAACUGUCACCUGUGGCCUGUUGGUGGCGUCGCACUGGCACCGGGAGGCCACCAAGUACGCUCGCUGGAUUGCUUUCACGGGAAUGGUGCUCUUCUGCAUGGCGGCCCUGAUCUUCCCCAUCGGAUUCUACAUCAGCGAGGUGGGGGGGCAGCCUUACAAGCUGCCGAACAACACGGUGGUGGGCUCCUCGUACGUCCUCUUCGUGCUCUCCAUCUUCUUCACCAUCGUGGGACUGCUCUUCGCUGGGAAAGUCUGCCUGCCUGGCUGAUUGACUGUGUCUCUUUGCCGUCUGGCACCAGAGAGAGAUCGAAUCUGGCUGGAGCACGGGUGUGGAUUGGGGGGGCGGUUUGGGGGGAGAGUUUGCUGGUCACCCAGAAAUAACAAAUUAACGAGCCAAAUGCGGAUGAAGGACAUCUGGCUAUAAGCGUUCCUCCCUGUGCUUUUUUUAAAAGCCUGCACUCGCUUGUCAUGUGUCCCCGGGGGUUUGGCACGGCCCUGAAAGGGGCGCCGUCUCUGUGAAGGCCACCUCCACCACACUCCGUAAUGUCCCUUUAUUUUUUUUUUUGUCCGUUCACAGAGCUGUUAUGAAGCCUGGAGUCUCAAGAUCAGGUCCAACAGGAAUCGCUCUGGGUGUGGGGGGAGGUUUGGUCAGUGUUCUGGCCCCCGGGGAGGGGGGGGUAGGGCGUUGGAGAAUGCCAGGCACAUGCGACAGCGUAAGAGUAGUGGGCGUGGCUUUCAUAACCUCUGCUUCCCGAUUUCCCACCUCUUCUGGGUUCUUCCGUGGUGCAGCUGUUCUGGGGUCAGUGAAAGUACACAGGGUGCUACUCUGGGCUGGACUAUGUCGGCACUCAAACGUUCUAGGUUUUCCGGGCCUGAAAAGGAGAUCCGGCAGUGGACGUGAAUGGAACCGACAGCUUUGUGUAAAGGACUACGGGUCCAGUUUAAACGAGCAGGCUUAUUGAAAAUAAGCUCUCUAUACCGACUGGCCUGCUUCUAGUUCUCCAAAGCAAACGGACUCACCCUAACCCCCUCCCAGCUGUUGUAGGUGUAAUGGGGAAGUCUUUAAUCUCCUAUUUUUUUUUUUUGUUUGAUCAACAUGAAUACCUCUUUUCUUUUUUAAAAUCUCAAUAUAUCAUUGAUUUCAAAAUCCAGAGCCCUUUAUUUUUUUGUUAUUGAUUUGCUGUUGUGCCAUGACUUGUUUAAUAUUGUAAAGAGAACACCAGUUUCUGUAUAGCUGUGUUUUUGAGAAACCGUUGGGCAUUGACUUCUUGAAGCCGACUGCAGAAUCAGCACCGCAAACGCAUUUUAAAAGUUUACCUCAUUGUGAUUGAAACUUAUUUUCUUUUUCUUUUUUCUUUUUUCCCUCCUCAUGGUUGCUUAUUCUUUGACGAAUCCUCACACCACAGGAAGUUUGGGGGCAGUUCAAUGAGUUAUUUCUGUUCCGAGAGAUUAAAAGGACGUAAUUAAACUAAAUGAAUUUUCUCCUCACCGCAGCCGUUCUAUCACUUCUGCUUUGGCAAACGUCAGCUUCCCUUUAGCUUACAUGACACAGGGACAUGCAUACUUAACUAAUAAAUGCGUCCUUAAUUCGAAAUUAUUUUUUGUUGAUACAUUGUACGUAUGAAAGGUUUAACUUAACAUUAUUCUAUUCAAAAUUAUUUAUUUGCAUUUUAAACUGUAGACGAUUUUGGAAUCUUUUCCCCAUUCCUACAUGUUUGAUCGUUUUCAUUCAAGCAGUAACUCGAUAUGACGCCUUGUGAAAGUUCAAGAUCAAUUAUGUAAAUUGCGAAUGUUUCGGGGCAGCCUGUAUGAAUGUAAAAUAUUAUGUAAGCUUGAUACAUGUCGCAAACAUCCUUAUUCAUAGACUUCAGCUGAGCUAAAACCAGUUGGUAGAUUUUGGUUUCUUUGCAGGGAGAGCAAUUUGUGUCAUAGAUGUAGAAAAUCCUGCUUGGACCUUGACUUCACUAUAGCCUCCUUUCAGGGAAGAACAAACAAUAAUGUUUUUGCUUCUGAUGAGCCAGUUCUACAAAUGACAGUGUUUUCAUGCACAUGGCAAUUUUUUUUCUGCAUCCCUCAAUGAUAUUCAAAUCAAUGUUCGUUUUUUUUGUAGCUGAAUUGGAAACACGACAUUCUUAUACAGUACAGAUAGUAGCACAACUAGUUUGUUUCUGUGAAAAUGUAAGAAAGGCGUCUUAAGUAGCAGACCUGGUUAUUUUGUGGCGCUUAGGUAGUUAUAUAAUUUCUGUAAGUUAUUAUUUUUUAAAAUCUAGUACCUAAAAAACAUCAACUAUGCAAAAAUACAGCAAUGCAAAUUUUAUCAUUAAUGGAACUGUGAAGUCUUCAUACAGCAAUUGGUGCAUCUGGUAAAUUGCUCCCGUCACCACGUUACAAAAAGGCUUUAGGUCAGAACUGGCCCUUAAAUUCUCAUCUGAAACAUAAUCAUUUUCUCUCUUUAGCUUUGUUUUUUUCUUCUUCUUUGGUUUAUAUUGUUUUGUUCAGUGAAGCCACAUUCCAGUCCGUGAAGCCCCGAGUAUUUGGUGCAAGAAGGAUUUCGGUGUUUUGGCUUUGGUAGUGCUGCACUGCGACUGUGAGCGCGUACAUGCUGCACGGUCCCCUGUAUGCUGCACUGUGACUGUGAGCGCGUACAUGCUGCACGGCCCCCUGUAUGCUGCACUGUGACUGUGAGCGCGUACAUGCUGCACGGCCCCCUGUAUGCUGCACUGUGACUGUGAGCGCGUACAUGCUGCACUGUGACUGUGAGCACGUACAUGCUGCACGGCCCCCUGUAUGCUGCACUGUUUUCAGAAUGUUGUGGUUCACUUUGCACAAAGUGAAAGAAAACAAUCUUGUUUGGUUUCUAUUUACUGUGUUAUUGUUAAUUAUAUGUUCGCCAUAGAACUGAUUAUGUUACUUUAACAAAUAAACUAUUUAUUAAUUUAAGAAUCUUUUCUUAUGUUGGGUAAGACAAGUGUUGGAGACCGUCGUGUCUAUAUUGUAUGAAGACUCGCCUGUCAUGUCUAAUAAUGAUGGUCUAGAAUUAAACUACGGUAUUACUGCUCUCAUUGAACAAUUGUUAGACUAAUCAGGGAUCAGACCACCCGACGAAAAGUGAAAGGGUCGUCUCUACCAUGAGACGGAAAUGAAUCCACAAUGGGAAACAGCCACGGCCAGAUUUCUUUUGCUUCAUUUUCCUAAGCGCCAUCCCUCAUAACUGUUCCAUUUUGAAACUUGCGCGGCAAUAAAAUGGUUUAACAGGAAUAAUUAAGUGGCGUUGUAAGAAUUUGUUGUUGCUGUCAAAGACUAGCUUACCGUAUUAUACUGUAUUUGCUUUGCACUGUUAAUUAUUUUCAGCUCAAAAAAAUCAUGAAGCUAUUUAAGUUUAUUGGUAGUCACCAGUGAACGUUCUCAUAGCAUAGUUCGGACGAUUCAUAUAUUUUGCUUUCAAUCUGUUGCUUUGAUUUUCACCUACAAAUUAGUAAUAUUAUUGAAGUGGCAUUAAUACUGGGGGAGAAUUGCAUGUGAUUUUAACAGGGCUAAACUGUACGGAUUUCAUUUCACAAGAAUUGAGCAUUUUAUUUAAACUGCUGCUGUAGGACUUCGAAAGAAUAAAAAUGCUGCCAUUAGUAACAGUAAA